CGCCUACAAAAUAUUUCCCAGUUGAAGUCUGAAAAACGAAAAAAUCCAUAACCGAAACUUCACACAAUUUCUUUCCCUAAAUCCUAUUUUCCUCGAUUGCCGAAAGUUGAUCUACCGAGGAUCAAAACGCCGCAGCAAUCAUGGCUACAUUGGAAAAUUCUUCCAAGCAUGCCGCCAACGGCGACACGCUUGCUAGAGAUUCAUCGGAUAUCGUCGAAGUUGAUGGUCCUGCAUCUAAGAGACAAAAGCUCGACCAUCAAGAGACGAAGCAGGAGAGUACUCAGGCACAAUCUCAAGAUCGAACUCGAGGUGUUGCGCCCGUGAAAUCUGAAUACCUGGUCUCGUCUGAAGUUCAAGUUAAGGAUGUAGAUGAUGAUGCGGCAGAAGCAGGUAUUACUACCGAAGAUCCUGUUAAUGGCAAGCCCGAUCCUCGUGGUGGUGGCGGUAAGAAGGGUAAGGACCGAAAAAAGCAAGGCGGUCAAAACCAGAACCGCAACUACGGUCACUUCGAGGAUGCUAUACGCCUAUGCAACAGUAUCACCUACACUAACGAAUUCUCACCCAAGACCUGCAAGUUCGGUGAAAGAUGCAACCUGUCUCAUGAUCUCCGCAAGUAUCUCAAGGAAGGCCGACGAGAAGACCUCGGCACUCUAGACGGAAAGUGUCCCGUCUUCGAGAAGCAUGGUAGAUGCAGUUCUGGAUGGAAGUGCCGUUUUGUGAAGAGUCAUUCUAAGGAAGUCGAGCGAGAGGAUGGCCGCAUGGAGCUUGUACUCCUGCAGAGUUCGGAAGCUAUGGAAACUGAGGAAGACGACCAAAGACCUGGUGUCGUCAACGUUGUGUCUACUGACACCAAGUGGGACCUUGCCAGGAGAAAGGUCAAUUUUGAGAAGGCUGACCCUUACACCAAGUGGCUAGAAAGGGAUACCAACCUUACACGACAGCUUCACAACAAGACGAAGAGACAGGACGGCGAUGAAACAGCUGAUGGUAAGAAAGACAUCAGAGCUCAGUUCGUCGACCCGCCCCUGAAGCCAUCGGAGAAGAGGAAGAUCUAUUUCGGAAAGGAGACACCGGUUCUGGCCCCUCUUACUACGCAAGGCAACUUACCUUUCCGACGCCUUUGCGCCGAACUUGGAGCCCAGGUUACUUAUUCGGAGAUGGCUAUGGGAAUGCCGCUUGUCCAGGGACAGAAAGGCGAAUGGGCACUCAUGAAGGCUCAUGAAACGGAACUUGCAUCCCCACGAUUUACACCCGAGAAUGGCGCAAUUGUGAAGGGCUAUGAUAAUGCAAAGGAUAUUAAGUUCGGUGCCCAGAUCUCAGGAAACCAACCUUGGGUAGUGAUGAAGGCAACUGAAGCCUUGACACGAUUCACCCCUCAUCUCCGUGUGGUAGACUUGAACUGUGGAUGUCCUAUCGACCUAGUCUAUCAAGCCGGUGCCGGUUCUGGUCUUCUCGACACGCCUAGCAAGCUGGAAAAGAUGGUCCGAGGCAUGAACGUCGUUUCCGGAGAGGUCCCCAUUACGGCCAAGCUGCGAACAGGGGUACGAGAUGGAAAACCAACAGCAGACAAGCUCAUUGAGAGACUUGCGUUUGGAGGUAAUGACACCCGUGAGAGACUCGGAGCGCCGGGAUGCGCGGCGAUUACACUGCACGGACGUAGUAGACAGCAGCGAUACACCAAGAGCGCCAAUUGGUCUUAUAUCGCUGAAUGCGCCGCCCUGGUUAAGUCGUACAAGGAUAAGAAGGAUGCGUUGACGGACACUGCUAUGGAGCCGGAUGCGAGCACUGAAGCUAACACUUCAGAUGAGAAGGUUUACUUCAUCGGUAACGGCGAUUGUUACUCACACAUUGACUACUUUGACCACAUAGAGCAGGCUAAGGUUGAUAGUGUGAUGAUUGCGCGAGGUGCUAUGGUCAAGCCCUGGAUUUUCGAAGAGAUUGAGCAGGGACAGUACUUGGACAAGUCGGCGUCUGAGCGACUGGGAUACAUUGAGAAGUUCGUACGUUACGGACUUGAAGCCUGGGGUUCAGAUGAGUUGGGUCUAGGUUUUACGAGACGAUUCUUGUUGGAGUGGUUGAGCUUCACUCAUCGCUACGUGCCGAUUGGCAUCCUGGAGCACUUGCCUCCUAGCCUUAACGACCGACCACCGCGAUACAGAGGACGAAAUGAUCUCGAGACUCUUCUUGCCAGUGACCAUUACAAGGACUGGCUUAAGAUUAGUGAAAUGUUCCUCGGUCCAGCUCACCCGAGCUUCAAGUUCCAGCCGAAGCACAAGUCCAACAGUUACGAGAUCGAAGCCGAGGGUUGAUUGACUUUCAUGGUCAAGGGAUGUUGAUCUUGCGGAGUUGCGGUCACUAGCUAUAAAAUUGAGGAUAGAUAUGCCUGCAAAAGUACCUAGUGCAUAGACACGGUAGAUACCAUGAAUAAAUCCAGAGAGUAACCAAUCUGGUGUGUUAUUUGGCGAUAGUGGCUGGCAUUUGAACGCGUGGCUUGUUGUCUUCCUGCACUUACAAUAGGCUAGAUUGCAUCUCUUCUGUGACUAGACCUCCAGGCAGCAAUGCAGAGACCGUGGCAAAGGAUGCGAUAAUUCUUAGUAUUUUAUUUGAUAUGUAAAGUUUUUGAUUUAUAUGAAGAUGUUACCUAAAUAUUAAGCUUAAAAAUAAAUGAUUCCAUGUGUUUAUUUCCGUUGAAAAUUUACACGUUCCCUAUGAUGUAUUUGGUGAUGAUAAUUGAA